AAGUUAUAGCUUGUUAACAGUUGUUAUGAGUGUUACCGCCGGUUAAUUCUUGAUUUUCUAUAUUUUUCUCGUCUUUCUGUGUCUUCGUAGCUCCGCCCAUACAUUCCUCUGUGUCUGGGCCGCGAAGAGGAGGAGGAGGAGGAGGAGGAAAGAAAAGGAAAGAGAGGCUGCGGAAAGCUGCCUGUGGACCCUGAACCAGAGAGGAGAUGAUAAACAACAACAUCAACAACAAUAAGUCUCAGUCUGACUCUGACUGCUGCAGCUCUCUGACACACUGAUUCUCAACCAGCUGGACGUGUUUCUGUUUAUUUUUUGAUUUCUUUUCCUUCACUCAAACAAGUUGUUGGGAACUUUUUUUGGCCGGAUCUUGGAGUUUAGUUUCCAGUCUGACCUGCGCUGCAACAAAACCGCGCUGACUCUCCUGUCGCUGCUGCCGGAGGAGAAAAAACAACAUCCACAAGGCCGGAGAGAGUCUGUGUGGAGGGAAGCAUGGAAAUCCUGGACAGUAGUGAACCGUUCCUACACUGGGACAGGAACCUCAGCGAGCUGUCUGAGGCCGGGGAGAUCGACUCUGUGCUGUACACCAAUCACUUCUCAGAGCUCCUCGACGACCUGUCCCAGGAUGCUUUGCUGGGCCAGCUGCUCAGCGACCCCUUCCUUUCCGGGGUGCGGGGCGGAGCGGAGGCCAUGGAGGGCGAGGACGGAGGCGACCUGUCCCCGUCCUCACCCCUACCCCCUCACAUCACGGCCGAGCACAGCUACUCGCUCUGCGGGGACAGCCGGCCGCAGUCGCCGCUGUCGCACCUGACCGGAGAGCAAGGCAGCGAAGCAGAGUCUGACGGGGAUUCAUCUGAGUGGCCCAUGGAGCAGGAGGAAGCUAUAGACGGCCUCCUGUGUGAGACUCCCUCCCUGCUCCCCACCCUCUCCCUGUCUCUGGCCUCCAGCGAGGGGCCACAAGCACCCGAGGGCCCCACUGUGGCCCCUGCUGCUGCUGCUGCCAGCCCAGCUCAGACCACAGCCAGCAGCCACAACCACGGCAAAGGCAUCAAGAUAAAAGAGGAGAAUAUCAUCCCUCAGAUUAAACUGGAGCCUCAUGAAGUCGACCAGUUUCUCAAUCUUUCACCAAAAGGUCUGGAGUCUCUGCAGAUGCCUCCCACUCCUCCCAGUUCCCACGGCAGCGACUCUGAGGGCAGCCAGAGCCCUGUCCACGCCCCGCCCGGCCUCUCCUGCCCCACCUCUCCCACCAGCCCCUCUCCAUCCCAGGCCAGCCUGAAGGUGUCGCCUCGCGCUGCCUCCUCCCUGUCCAACUCCCCUCUGCUCACUGCUCCUCAUAAACUGCAGGGGUCAGGGCCGCUGAUCCUGACCGAGGAGGAGCGGCGCACCCUGGUGGCCGAAGGUUACCCUGUUCCCACCAAACUGCCGCUCACCAAAGCCGAGGAGAAGGCGCUGAAGAAGAUCCGCAGGAAGAUAAAGAACAAGAUUUCAGCUCAGGAGAGUCGCAGGAAGAAGAAAGAGUACAUGGACGCUCUGGAGAAGAAGGUGGAGACCUGCUCCAAUGAAAACAACGAACUACGCAGGAAAGUGGAAACUCUGGAGUGUACAAACAAGUCUCUGCUGCAGCAGCUGCAGUCUCUGCAGGCGGUGGUGGCAGGCAAAGUCCACAAGUCCUGCAGGGUGGCUGGCACCCAAACAUCAUCCUGCCUAAUGGUGGUCGUGUUGUGUUUCGCUCUGUUUUUGGGGAGUUUUUACCCCAGCAGUCUGACUCCGUGCUCCACCAUCACUGAAACAGGCCUCACUUCUAAACAGCUGGCUGACAAAGAGUCCUACACAGCCACAGUGAAGUCGAGGAAUCUGUUAUCAACCUUUGAAGACGAGCAGCCGCACCUGCUCGGCCUGGGCGGCGAGUAUCCUGACCAAUGGGAGGACACGCCGGCCGUCGUCAUGGCAGUUUGGCGUCACUCAGAGCAACAGAAGCUUGGGGUGGAGCCCAGCAGGGUGGAAACACACCCACCUUUCAGGAGUAAAAACAACGAUACGCAACAGACACAAAAAAACCUGCUGCUGGACCUGCACAGGUCUCUGGAGCAGAGGGUGAACGAGAACAGUAGUAAAGUGAUAGAGCUGGAGCGAACGGUCAACGAGACCUCCUGAGGUCGACAUCAACGGCCACCACCCUCCCUCAGCCCUCACCCAACUUCCUUUAUGCCCCAUGAUGACCUUUGACCCCACCCCUCUAGAGCAUGGUUCAGUGUCCUGGAGCAAACCUCAUACAGUAGUUUCCACUGCUGAUUGUUUAAGGUCAUUUUUUUCUGCCAUCUCUGCUUAAUCAGAUACACUGUAAUAGUAAUAGUUAAUAAUAAUAAUGAUAAUAAUAACAAAGGGGCACUGGUUGCCUUAAUUUCUGAAGUAAAAGUUGCACUGAAUAGUUUUUACAUGAGUCAACUCACCAGUUUUAUUUGUCUUAAUUGACCCGACUUGAAACACUGUUAAAAUUCAGAUAAAUUCAAAUGAAUCUAGUGAAUAAUGUAGCGUGGCAUUUAUUCCAGUGGAAGUGUCUUAAAAUAUGACAUGUGAGGCUUUUUACAGGACACUGACGAGGACCUCUGUAUUUAUAGAAACCUUUUUUUGUUUGUUUUUCAAAUUUUUAUUUCUCUUUGUAGUUGUAUUUCUUUUAAUAUUAAUGUUUUUAUUCAAUUCCAGUAAUGCAUACAUCACAUUUUGAUACUUUUAAUGUGUUUAUACUGUAUUUUGUGAUUUUAUUUUAUUGUACUCUUUUAUAUAUUGUUUAUAUGUCUUCAUCUGACUCAAGAUUUCAUGCAUGGAGGGCUUUUCACCAUAUUUCACAGUUUAAAAAAAUACUGACAGAAAAUUUUUCCAGUCAAAAAUGAAUGUUUGCAAAGGAAAGAGUGGUUUAUUCUUUCCACAAACACUCAUAUUUGACAUGUGGAGACCCUGUUAGCGAUGUCUCAGACAUUUGGACUUAGUUCUGUCUGUGUGAUGGUCACUGUGUGCAAAUCAGGAGUCAGUAUUUGAGGCUUUUUUUCUUACAAAAUCAUUUUAGUUUUGGUCAACAAAAGCAUCUUAAAGAUUUGCUUUGAGGAACAGUUUGAUAUUUUGGGAAAUAUGCUUAUUUGGUUUCAAGCGCCUCCAAAGCUUUCUAAGUAACAGAUGGAAUGUAACAUGUUAACUAAUGUGCCUUACAGAUGCUGGUAGGUGGAUUUUUGUUACCUUUUGGCAGAGCCAGACUAACUGUUUUUGCUAGCUUCAUAUUGUUUCCAAACAUGUCAACUAUUCCUUUAAAAGAAACAUGUGAGUGGACAUUUUAAAAUGUGUAAUGGAACCACAGGUUUCACUUUGUGCACUAACUUUAAAGGUGUUAUGUGUCAGUUUUUGCUAUUACUACAAUACCAAUGAGCAGCUGCUUAUUUACUGAGUCACUGUUAGUGUUCAGUCUGUCCUCAGUCCAACAUGAGUAGAUGAAGAAGUAGUGCUGCCCAGAGGAUGUAUUCUAACCUCUUGUCUUGUAACACAACAAUGACUGAAGCUAUUGGUAAGGCUGUUAAUGCUAACACUGGCUAUGUAGCGAUAGCAAAAACUCACAUAUAGCACCUUUAAUCCCCGCUUUGCACACUUUCACCAUCAGCUCCAAGAGUCUUUCUCUGCAAUUUUUCAGCAUUUGCCAAAAAUAUUUCUUCCCAGAAAUGAAAAAAAGUAUCUAUUUUUGUAAAUAUGAGUUGUUAAUAAAUAAGGAAGUCUAAAUGUGUCUGGGAUCUGCAGUUUAUAAACCAAUCCAUAAUUCAUUCUGAAUCUUUUUCAGAUGCAGUGUUGUUGAUAAAUUAUGAACGUUAGAGGCCCUAGCUUCAGGGUUUGUCCUGACUUGCUUUUGGGUUUAGUUUGAUAAUUACAGAUGAUGGCUUUAAAAGUCUGUUCAUGUAAAGUAUGUAACAGAUGGGGUUUUUGAAUUUCUGAGCUUUAUUGAAACAUGUUCUUUAAUGUGUAUUCCAGACAAAACCAGACAGAUUUGUAUAUCUAGGUCUCAUAUUUUAAAGUUUUGUAGAUCAGUGACUACUUACUGUCACAUCUGUCUGUGUGUAUCUUAGUGUUGAGGAGCCAAAACUACAACACAUUCCUCACUGCUGAGCCUGUAUAAGUUCUACAGGAGAGAUCAUAGGUAACAUUUUAUUUUGAAAUUUUAAUGAACAGUUCUCUUCCAGCUAAGUCUGAAACUAUAGCAGCCAGUGGACAGUGUUUUUUUUCCAAAUCAGAUUUCAUUUCAUUGUUGCUUUUGUGUAAAGUCAGCCUGACUAUAGGCUUCCUGUCUUUUUUGCUUUCAAGUGAAUAAAGUAUUUUCCUUAGUAAAAGCAUA